UCGGGUCCUCUCUCUGACAGUCGUCGUCUUCCACCUUCGCCUCUACUGAUCCAGUCCUCCUCGGCCCCGCCGUCAAUGGCGUCUCCCUCCCACAAACCCUAACCCCCAACCCAACCCCAAGCAACCCAGCCAUGGGAUCCCACCCGGCGCCAUCCCGCGCGGCGCUGGAGCCGUUCGCGACGCUCGACCCGGCGGCGCUCGCCGCCCUGCCGGCCUCCACGCCGCUCACCGUCCGCUCCGCCGCGCUCUCCGCCCCGCACCUCCUCUACCUCGGCACCGGCGGCGGGAAGCUCCUCCUUUUCUCCCUCCAGACCCCUUCCUCCCCCGAGUUCCUCCGCCUCCUCCCCAUCGGCGCCACGCGGCCCGUCUCCGCCAUCGUCCCGCUCCCCUCCGUCGCCCGCGUCCUCGUCCUCGCCGAAGGCAUCCUCCUCCUCGCCGACCCGCUCCUCGCCCGCCCCGUCCGCCGCCUCGGCUCCCUCCGCCACGUCGCCGCCGUCGCAGUCGCCACCGCCACCGCCACCGCCACUGACCCUUCCUCCUCGUCGUCAUGCUCUCUGGCGGUCGCCGUCGGGAAGAAGCUGCUCCUCGUCGACCUCACCUUGCACGAGGCCGACGAAUUGGAGGUGCAGACGCGCGAGAUCCCCGCCGCCGCCGGCGUGGAAGGGAUCACGGUGCUCGCUUGGAUCGGCGACUCCGUCUUCGCUGGCACCAAGACUGGUUACUCGCUCUUCUCCACCAGCACCGGCCAGGCUGUGGAGUUAUUCACUCUUCCAGAGUCGGCCGGAUCGCCGAGGAUCAAGCCGCUGUCCGGGGGUGAUGAGGCGAUGCUGCUGGUGGACAAUGUCGGGGUGGUCAUCGACCGGUCCGGUCAGCCCGUCGGAAGCAGCUUCGUGUUCAACAGCAGGCCGGACUGUAUAGUCGAGGUGUUUCCGUAUGUGGUGGUGGCUGGGGAGUCUAAGGUGGAUGUGUACAGGAGGAAGAACGGGGCGCACUUGCAGACUGUUCCGAUCGCGAGGAGCGGAUCGGGUGUUUUGACUGUGGCUAGUAAUAAUGAUGGAAGUGGAGGGGAUGUUGUUGUGAUUGCUACGGCUUAUAAGGUUUUCUGUUACCGUAAAGUAUCUGCAGUGGAACAGAUCAAGGCCUCGUUACGAAUAAAGAGUUAUGCGGAAGCUAUUUCUUUGCUGGAAGAGUUUGAGUCUGAUGGUGAAAUCUCAAAGGAUAUGAUUUCCUUUGUGCAUGCACAACUUGGAUUCUUGUUGUUCUUUGACUUGCAUUUUGAGGAUGCUGUUAAUCAUUUCUUGCUGUCGGAGACUAUGCAACCAACAGAAAUAUUUCCAUUCAUCAUGAGGGGUCCUAAUCGUUGGUCAGAUAUGGUGCCCAGAAAGCGUUAUUGGGGUUUGCAUCCUCCCCCUAAGCCUCUUGAAGAAGUUAUUGACGAUGGACUGGUAACUCUUCAGCGAGCAUUGUUUCUCAAAAAGGCAGGUGUAGACACUGACGUGGAUGAAGAUUUCCUUUCAAAUCCGCCAACUAGAGCUGAUCUAUUGGAACUAGCUAUCAGAAAUAUUAUCAGGUACCUUUGUGUAUCACGAGAGAAGACUUUGUCUCCUGCAGAGAUGGAAGGAGUUGAUACUCUUCUGAUGUACCUAUAUAGAGCGCUCGAUCUUGUUGAUGACAUGGAGAAGCUUGCAUCAUCCGAAAAUAGUUGUGUUGUGGAGGAACUAGAAUCACUUUUGGACAACUCUGGACAUCUGCGGACACUUGCUUUCUUAUAUGGCAGUAAGGGAAUGUGCCCCCAAGCUGUUUCUAUCUGGCGUAUCUUGGCAAGAAAUUACAGCACAGGUUUGUGGAAGGAUCGUGCUAAUCUGCCUGAAACUGACUCUUUUAAAACUCCGGUUGAUAAAAAGUCCGGUGAGGAAAUUGCUGCCAUCGAAGCCUCCAAGAUACUCGAAGCAUCAUCUGACCAGGACCUUGUUCUGGAACAUCUUGGAUGGGUGGCAGAUAUUGAUCAGGAGCUUGCAGUUUCAAUUUUAACAUCCGAGGCAAGGGAAAAUCAGCUUUCUGCUGAAAAGGUUGUUGCUGCUCUUGAUUCAGAAAAGGUUGGGAUUCACCAAAGAUACUUGCAGUGGCUGAUUGAGGAUAACGGUUGCGAUGACCCUCACUAUCACACCUCAUAUGCACUAUUGCUGGCAAACUCAGCCAUGGAAGCAUUUCAUUUGGAAUCGAAUUCAGGGGGGAAAAAUGAUAAAGAAAUUGACUCCGAUAUACAGUUCAUUUUUGCAUUGAGGGAAAGGUUGCAAUUGUUUUUGCAAGCUUCGGACUUGUAUGAUCCAGAAGAAGUGCUUGACGUGAUUGCAGAAUCUGAGCUAUGGCUGGAAAAGGCAAUAUUGUAUAGGAAGAUGGGCCAAGAGAACAUUGUACUUCAGAUACUAGCACUGAAGCUGGAGGAUAGCGAAGCUGCUGAGCAGUACUGUGCAGAGAUUGGUCGAGAUGAUGCCUACAUUCAGCUUUUGGAUUUGUAUUUGGACCCCAAAAAUGGGAAAGAACCGAUGUUUACAGCAGCUGUCCGACUUCUUCAUAAGCAUGGGAAAUCUUUGGAUCCUUUACAAGUACUGGAGAGAUUAUCCCCCGAGAUGCCUCUUCAGCUAGCCUCAGAUACAAUCUUGCGAAUGCUGAGAGCGCGGGUGCACCAUCAUCGCCAAGGGCAGAUAGUUCAUAAUUUAUCACGUGCAACAAACCUUGAUGCACGAUUGACAAGAUUGGAGGAGAGAUCAAGGCAUGUGCAGCUAACCGAUGAGAGCAUCUGUGAUUCUUGUCGAGCUCGCCUUGGCACCAAACUGUUUGUCAUGUACCCAGAUGACUCGGUUGUUUGCUACAGGUGCUACCGAAACCAAGGUGAUUCUGUAUCAGGACGAGGCCGUAACUUCAGGAAAGAUGCUAUAUUUAAACAAAGUUGGCUCGUCAGUAGAUAGCAAAGGUAGAUCAACAGAACUCCUUCAGACAACGAGAGUGGUCAACGCCUUACGCCCUUGCAGUUCAAGGUACAUUCAGCGGAAUCACCUCUGUUCCUCUGAAAUGCAUAACAUUGCUGGGGGAUUUCAAUACGUCAACAUUUAUUCAUGGCGCAAGGGGUCCGGGCCGGCGAUGGCCUUAGAAGUUGGUACACUCGGAAUCCGCAAUAUGUUGAGAAGCUUGGAUGGUUUGUCCAUACACUGUUCAGUUUUUUUCCCCAGCACUUUGAACAUGGGAGAAUAGUUUGUUAGUGGUGCACACUGUAAAGACAAAUACAUAUGAGCCUUCUGGUAAAUGGUGAUUGUAAUUGCUGAGCGGCUAGAUAAGAAGAACAAUUGAUUUAGGGUGACACAUACUACAAUUUGAAUAGCAAGCAUGAGACUGGAAUUUGGUAUUGCCUUCUUCA